AUGGAAGAGAUAAAACAAGAGGGUGGUAUUAAGGAAGUUGAAGAGUGUCAGAUUGAACUGUGUUCGGUGAAGAUAGGUCUGGUUAAUGAUUAUGGGAAGAUACAGAACAGAAUUAUAAGUAUUACGAAAGAGAGAGUGAGUAUACUUGAAAAAGACAAAAUCAAGAAAACUUUUGAAAUCAGUGAUAUUUCUGGAUUGACCAAGAAUAUCGGUGAAACUAACAUAGAAUUCCUGGUUCACUUCAGCUCUGAACCAGACUAUAGAUUUAAGUGAGAGGAUGCUGCUACAAGAGACAAAAUAUUCAAAGCUAUCAAAGAAAGUUAUGUAGCUAUUAAGAAAGCUAAUGUGCCAAUCUUUGGAGUCCCGGAAGAUACGCUGGAGAAAUAUCAAACUGUGAAGGCUGACAUCAAGAAAGAAAUUAAUAAAACUCCUGAUCAUUCUUAUCUGCUUGAGGAAGAAGAUAUUCCAAUAGAACUUGAGGAGGAGGAGCAAAAAGAGCCAGUUACAAACUUAGUAGAAGAAACUAAAGAUACUAAAAGUGCGAAUGAUUUACUCGGUGCUUUAGAUAUUUCUAAAGAAGAAAUUAGCUUGCAAGAUUUCAGAUGUAAAUAAAGAGACACUAUUUCCUAAAAUGCAUCUAGCUGUCAAGCUAGACACCAAGGAAUUAUAUGCAUUGAAAAUUCUCAACAAAGAAGAUGUUGUAAACGAUGGUAAACAAGAAAGUAUUGAAUUAUUAAAAAAGAAGCUAUCCAAGAGUGGUCACCCCUUCUUGGUCCAAACACCCUAUAUUCUAGAAAACGAAUCAAAAUAUUACUUAUUUAUGGAAUUUAUCAAAAGUGGAGAUUUCUAUACCUAUAAUUGUAAACAGAAGAGGUUGUCUGAAGAAACAACAAAGUUUUAUGCUGCCCAAAUUGUUUCAGCAAUAGGGUACUUGCACUCUAAAAAUAUAAUGUACCGAAUCUGAUGUCUUGAAAAUAAUAUGCUAUGCGAGGAUGGCUAUCUGAAACUGAGUAAUUUUGAACUGACAAAGGAUAUUGCAGAUGAAGAUUUAGCCAGCAAAUUUUGAGGAGUGCCCGAAUAUCUUGCACCAGAAAUAGUUAGUGAAGAACAAUAUAAUCAUUCAGUAGAUUGGUGGGCAGUUGGAAUUGUUAUUUAUGAGCUCAUAGUGGGAUUUCCUCCUUUUCAUCAUAAAAAUCAGAGUACAAUGUUUGAUCUAAUUAAAAGAUUUCCUAUUAAGUUUCCUGAUCCAGUCAGGCAUAAAAUUGAUAUGAGUGAGCAUGUAAAAGAUAUAAUCACAAAACUUUUACAAAAAGAUCCUUCAGAAAGAUUAGGUAAUCAAGGAGGAGUUGAAGAGAUUAAAGCGCACCCAUGGUUUAAAGAUAUUAACUUUGAAAAAUUAGAGAACAAAGAGUAUGAUGCUCCAUACAUCCCCGAGAUCGAAGAAAUUUCAUGGGAAACCUGUACUGACGACAUCAGAUAAUCAAAAAUAGAAGUUUCUACUACUCAAUGAACAAA